CAGACAGUGGGAAUAGAUUCAGUUGGACAUUUCAACUGAAGGGACAUCAGCAAGUUUAUACUGGGGCAAGGCCAUUCACCUGUUCUGUGUGUGAGAAGGGGUUCAGUCGGUCUUCCCACCAGUGGACACACCAAUUAGUUCACACCACACCGGGCAGAGGCUGGUCAACUGCUGAAUUUCUGGGAAAGGAUUCACUCAGUCAUCUGACCUAAUGGCUCGCCAGCGAGUUCACACCGCGGAGAGUCCGUUCACCUGCUCAGACUGUGGGAAGGGAUUCACUCGGUCAUCUAACCUGAAGAAACAUCAGCGAGUUCACACUGGAGAGAGGCCAUACACCUGCUCAGAAUUUGGGAAAGGAUUCACUUCCUCAGAUAAACUGAAGAUUCAUCAGCGGGUUCACACUGGGGAGAGGCCGUUCAUCUGCUCAAACUGUGGGAAGGGAUUCACUCAGUCAUCUAAACUGAAGGAACAUCAGCGAGUUCACACUGGGGAGAAGCUGUUCAUCUGCUCAGACUGUGGGAAGGGAUUCACUCGGUCAUCCAACCUGCUGGCACACAAGUCAGUUCACACUGGGGAGAGGCCUUUCACCUGUUCAGACUGUGGGAAGGGAUUCUCUUUGUCAUCUUUGUCAUCCCAACUGAAGGGGCAUCACCGAGCUCACACUGGGGUUUGGCCAUUCAUCUGCUCAGACUGUGGGAAAGGAUUCACUCAGUUAUCAAAACUGGAGGUACAUCAGCGAGUUCACACUGGAGAGAGGCCAUUCACCUGCUCAGACUGUGGGAGGGGAUUCACUCAGUCAUCUAUUCUGAAGUUUCAUCAGCGAGUUCACAUUGGGGAGCGGCCGUCCACCUGCUCAGACUGUGGGAGGGGAUUCACUUGCUUAUCUAAUCUGAAAGGACAUCAGAGAGUUCACACUGGUGAGAGGCCAUUCACAUGCUCAGACUGUGGGAAGGGAUUCAUUCUGUCACACGAACUACUGGUACACAAGUCAGUUUACACUGGGGAGUGGCCGUUCACUUGCUCAGACUGUGGUAAGGGAUUCUCUCAGUUAUCCCAACUGAAGGUAUAUCAGCGAGUUCACACUGGAGAGAGGCCAUUCACCUGCUCAAACUGUGGGAAAGGAUUCACUCAGUCAUCUAAGCUGAAGGAACACCAGCGAGUUCACACCGGAGAGAGGCCGUUCACCUGCUCAGACUGUGGUAAGGGAUUCACUUGCUCAUCUGAACUGAAGGUACAUCAGCGAGUUCACACUGGGGAGAGGCCAUUCACCUGCUUAGACUGUGGGAAGGGAUUCACUCAGUCAUCGCAUCUGAAGGUACACCAGCGAGUUCACACCGGAGAGAGGCCGUUCACUUGCUCAGACUGUGGGAAGGGAUUCACUCAGUCAUCUGAACUGAAGGUACAUCAGCGAGUUCACACUGGGGAGAGGCCGUUCAGCUGCUUAGACUGUGGGAAGGGAUUCACUCAGUCAUCGCAUCUGAAGGUACAUCAGCGAGUUCACACUGGAGAGAGGCCGUUCACCUGCUCAGACUGUGGGAAGGGAUUCACUCGGUCAUCUCAAUUACAGAGACACCAGCGAGUUCACACUGAGUAGAGGCCGAUCAACUGGUCAGUCUUUGGGAAAAGUUUCUCUCAGCCAAAUCAACCAAAAUGUGCAUCUUCGAGUUCACACUGCGGAGUGGCCGUUCACCUGCGGUGAAUGUGGGAAGUGAUUCACUAAGUAAUCUCACUUUAGCUAGCAGCUUGAUAUAGCUUAAUUUGCCCCGGGCCCCAGCCCGGCCAAACUUAAGAAAUGUCAUUUGGGUGGAUGCUGCGUGAUGUGUCACCUGUUAGAAAUCAGUACUGUACCCCGAAAUAACAAACGGUACACAAUAUGUGAUUAAACAAUUGAGAUAUAUAAUUCUUACUUUGACUAUAGGGUUAGUAAAGAAAACAAAAAAAAAGAAACAGAGCCCACUCUCUCCAUUCACGUCUUCUCAUCUCUCCCCAGCAAAAGACCAUGAAAAUCUCUCUUCCAGACUCACAAGAAGGAACAUUUCUCUCAUUGGACAGACCCACAAUCCAAAUCCCUGUUUGCUAUAGUCGUAACCUAAACAUUGUUAUACUUGUGACAGACUACCGGGUUCACACUGGGGAGAAAGUUUCAAUGAGCUGCAUGCUGGAUAUUUGUCCAUCACUGUUGCUGAAUGCAAUUUGGAGAGUGACUGUUGGUGCUGAACUCUGCAAUUAUUGCUGCUGCUCACCACACCCAGUUCUGCACCCUGAUCACUGGGCAUGGGAGGAAUUUCUUCUGCUGCACAUUCAUCUUUAAUGGGACUGGAGUUUAAUAUUCUGGUUCUGAGACAAAUAAAUCAGUUCUAUUUUAAACUCUGUCUCCGGUACGUAAUGAAUUUAUAACACACCUUG